AUUACAAUGCACAGAUUAUAAGAUCAGAUCUAUACAAAUUUAAACAUUACUUUAAUAUGACGCUAUCACGUUAUAAUGCUUAUGCAAAUUUUAAAAGUAAUACGUAUGUCGUGCAACCUAGUUAUUAAACUAAUUUAAAAAUUUCAAAAGUAACUUCGUUUUUUUAACUUUGGUGUUUUCAUUUCUGCAAUCGUCAUCAUUUUUUGCAGUGGCGUGAAUCGGUUAACCUUGUAUUAUCAGUUCUUGACAUGAAAAAAACAACUGUUUAUAACUGUUUUAAUGAAUGUUCGAUUUGCCUAUUAACGUGUAAUAUGCUGAUAAUGGCCUUACAUACUUUUAAACUUGUGUUAUGAAAACUUCAAAGAUAAAAUUAUCAUACGUAUUUAUCGUCGAGAAAGCGUAUGUAAAUCAGUAUCCAAAAUUUAAAAAAUGGUUUCAAAUCUUAGAGAUAAGAUCUGCUAUGACUGCAAUAAUUUUUGACAUAGUUGCAUUAUUCGGUUAAAUUAAAUCAUUAAAUAAGGCUGUUCUUAGUGAGGUUUACGGGAAGCGUGAAAAUAGUAUUGAAUUGCUUAUGUGGUCAGAGAGUGACAUUAAAAAAAGUUUUUGUCAAUAUGGUGUAUUGAACGAGGUAGAAGUAGUAUAUCUUGGCAAAAUGUGUGUGACAUUUAAAUAAUUUGUAUCGCAGACUACAGGAGCCUUUUAAACGACGCUGUUACAUCACGGCUAUAGUCGGGAAAUGUAAUUAAGUGGCGCGGAGGACUAUAUAGUCCGUCCCAAAAGUCGCAAUCAAUGAAGGAGUAAGAUUUGAACGAUGUUUUGGUUGCGUGUUUUGCAGUCUUUUUCGUACGAGAAAAGUCGUCUUUUUGGGGUUGCGUGGUCGUGUUCGCGGUGUGCGGGAUGCGGUGCGGAUGACAGCCGUGAAAUAUGGAAUAGCGCUUGGUAUCUGUCGAGUAUGACAAGUGAUUGGCAAUAUUGUUGAAUCGGAGCCGUGAUCGAAGUAAUGGCUUGGCCUGGCAAAGCGAGCGGAGACCGCGGCAUUCUGUGGGUCCGCGGCCGAAUUCAGCGCCAGCUGCGGUCCCUGGGCCGCAUCCUCGACACGCACGCCGGCAUCUUCCUCUUCGUCAGCGCGCUGGUCAUCGUCAGCCUCUCCGUCGGCCUGAAGGGCAUGGACAUCCACUCGGACAUCGAGCUGCUGUGGGCCGAGCCGUCCUCCGGUGUGGAGGCGACGCCGCAGGAGAUGCUCUCCACGCACCAGAUGAUCGUGCAGACGGCCGUCGAUCCCGACGUCGACCUCCUGCACCCGCACGGCCUUCUCGAGCAUCUGGCGCUCGUGCAGAACGCCACGCAGGUCACCGUCACGAUGUUCGACGUCACCUGGCAGCUGAAGGACUUCUGCCAAGCGCCGAGCAUUCCCAAUUUCGACGCACAUUACAUCGAGCAAAUCUUCGAGCACGUGAUGCCGUGUUCCAUCGUCACGGCGCUCGACUGCUUUUGGGAAGGCUCCAAGCUGCUCGGACCCGAUUAUCCUGUCCAUAUACCAUUUGGAACAAGCAACCAAACCAAAUGGACAAAUCUCAACCCCAGUCAAUUCAUAUCCGAAAUUAAGCCAAAAGAAUCCCAGUUCGAUUACAAUUUCUUAGAAGAUUAUUUCAAACGUGCUGGUAUAACCUCUGGAUAUCAAGAAAAACCAUGUUUGAACCCUCGUGAUCCCGACUGUCCAGUGACGGCACCGAACUACAAUUCGACUCAAAAUCUGGAUAUUGGUGCCGAACUUACCGGUGGUUGUUACGGUCUUGCCGCAAAAUACAUGCACUGGCCUGAAGACUUGCUCGUCGGCGGCGUAAUUAAAAAUAAAUCUGGUCAUAUAAAACAUGCCAAAGCUUUACAAACUGUUGUACAAUUAAUGGGAGAGCACGAGUUAUUCGAAUAUUGGUCCGGGCAUUACAAGGUCCACCACAUCGGCUGGAACCAAGAAAAGGCAACUACCGUACUCAACGCCUGGCAGAAGAAGUUUGCUCAGGAGGUCGAGCGCCUGACGAAGCUCAAGAAGUCGUCGUCGUACCUCUUCGUGACGUUCUCGACCGCGAAUUUGAACAAGAUGCUGAACGAGGCGUCCAAGACCGACCUGGUGAAGCUGGGGGUGGUGCUGGGGGUGGCGGCGGUGUACGGGUUGGUGGUGCAAUCUCGCCUCGCCGCGCUGGGAGUGAUAGUUCUGGCGAGCUCGGCGGCCGCUGCGUUAGGAGCGUGCAGCAUCAUCGGCCUGCCGAUGAACCUCCUCAGCACGCAUGUGUUACCUUUCGUUACUGUUGGACUCGCAAUGAGAGAAAUGUUCCUUAUUUUAUCGUCGGAUAUGAGGAAUUUGUCGCCGCCGGAAGUGCUACAAAGGACGGGUCCUAGCAUCAUCUCGGCGGCAUUAGUGAAUUCCGGCGCGUUCUUAGCGGCUGCCGUACUACCCGUACCGGCGUUACGUGUUUUUUGUUUACAAUGUGCGGUACUAGUUAUAUUCCAUUGUGCCGCACUGCUUAUUGUGUUCCCUUCGCUCUUGGCCCUCGAACAGCGGUGUCGAAAGACUGACGUACCGUGUUUCCGGAACGAGACCAAGCCCAAGCCUCCCACGAACAACAACAAUGAUCCGGAACACGGCGAAAGCUUGCUCACGGCGGAGGUGAUUUGUCAACAGAAGAAAAAUUUCCUAACGUGGUUAGUGAAUCGUUACUUCACUUCAGUGUUGAUUAAACCUUUCGUGAAGGUGAUUUUGUGUUUAACGUACGCUGUGUUGAUAAUUUUUUGCGUUUUUAAUGGACUGAAACUAGAAUUCGACGUAAGGUUAUCGACAUUUUUACCAAAGAACACGCAGGAGUACAAAUAUUUAGAAGCUCAAAAUAAAUUCUUUGGUUUUUAUAAUUUUUAUUUAGUGACAACCGAGUUGGAGUACCCUCUGAACCAACCGCUCUUGUAUGAAUACCACUCUUCGUUAACUAAUGUACCUCAUGUUUUGAAAGAUUCCAACGGAGGCUUGAAUAUGCACGAUUUUUGGUUAGCAAAUUUCCGCGAUUUUUUAAUUGACUUACAGGAAGAAUUCGAUAAUAACCGGAAAAAUAAUUUUCUUAAUAACGAAACAUGGUUCCCGAAUGCCACCGAGAAAGCAGUAUUAGCUUUUAAAUUGUUAGCUCAAACAGGUAUUGUCGAGUAUCCGGUCGACAAAAGUCAGAUUUUUAAGAAACAGUUGGUAACCAACGGUAUUAUAGAUCCCAAAGCCUUUUACAAUUAUUUAUCUGCGUGGAAUAGUAACGAUCAAAUGUCAUAUACAAGCUCUCGGGCGAAUCUUACCCCUAAGCCUUCUCAGCACUAUAGUUCUAAGGCUGAACUUGAAUUAAAAAUUCCAAAGUCGCGACCUCUUGUUUAUACUCAAAUGCCAUUCUACCUCAAGAAUCUGAAAAGUACUGGAAAAAUCAUAGAAACUUUAAAACAAAUUAAAGAAAUCUCGGAAGAGUUCAAUCAACGCGGAUUAAAGAAUUAUCCUAUUGGACUUAUAUUCGCAUAUUUUAAUCAGUUCCUACUACUAGAUCGUUUGUUAGCUGUUCAGUUUUUACUCACACUACUGUCAGCUGUUCUAGUAGCAUGUGUUCUUGUACAGUGGACAAAACUUUGGUGUUUUGUACUAAGCGUAGUUAUAUGUAUGUUGUUGAUGUGUUUGGUGAAUGUAAACGCUUUAAGUGGAACAAUAGGUGCGCUCCAUUUUAUCAUAGUGAGUCGAAAUAUUUUCCUUGUAUUGACAGGUUUUUUAAGCGCUUUAGGAAGUUGUGAACGGAGAUUGAAAAUGUCGUUGGAAUUGUACGCCGAACCUAUCGUGAAAGGUGAUUUUGGACUAUUAGUAUGCAUCUCAGUAUUAAUAACCUCCCAGUUCGAGUUUAUACAAUGUUAUUUUUUUACCGCCUUAGUUGUAUCGCUAUGCAGUUCAACCAUCAAUUCUCUAGUUUUCUUUCCCCUUCUUUUGUUAAUCGCUGGUCCCAAAGCCGAAUUGUACCAUUUAGAACAUAACGAGCGAAUUUCUACUCCUACGCCUCCCCCUCCACCACCCCCACCCAUUCGAACGCCAACCUAUCCGAAAUCUUCUCGUCGUAGCACUUCUGUCAAGGCCACCCGUGAGCCUAGUCUUACAACUAUAACGGAAGAGAGCUGCAACCAGAGUAUCGUAGUCGAGCCACAAGUUACUGUAGAGUACAGUAGUCCAGAAUCCAGUUCUAGUGGCCCUUACACAACCAAAGUAACCGCCACUGCUAAUAUUAAGGUAGAAUUAGUUGCCCCUGUAUAUAGACCUAAAUGUAGUAAGUGUCACCGAUCGAAAUGUAAACGACGUCAACAGUGUCGAUGUUGUAAGGAUUCAGACAGUAGCGACAGUAGUGCCGAGGCAGAACCGUGCCCCAGUAGCUAGCAUUUUGUUACCAUUUAAGAAAAUUAUGUAAAAUAUGUUUAUAUUGCAUAUAUGUAUACUUACCAUAUUCACUUAUUUAUUUAAAGAGAUGAUGUAAGAUGGAUCUAACUUUAAAUUAUACUCAAGGUAUUAUUUAUAUUAUUUUUAAGUAAAGAAUAUUUUGACAA